UCUAGAUAAGUCAGUCUUUCCUCAGGGUUGGCUCUCAAUUCAGGGGACUACAUGGAGAUGAAACAAAGGCCUUUGCUGGCCUAGAUGGGGUCCUCAUGGUUAUUUGAAGAUGAAUGGAGGUUGGACGCCUCUGGAUUUUCAGAAGAAGUUACGGCCGAGCUUCUGUAGAAAAAAAAGACAUACCUUUGCUGCAGGAUUCUGUGUAAAACAAAAGGGAGAAAAAAUACAGGUCUUAAAAUCAACCUGUUCACUCUAAGCUAUGGGAGGAUGUCAAGGCAAAAAGGCUGGGUGCAAAGAUAUGCGAGAUGGGGCCAGGUCAGGAUAUGCCUGGGCUGGUAACAAGGAGCUGUUAAAGAAAGCUGAUGAAACCCAGCUAGAUGGCAAUACUGAACUCAUUAGGCCCAAAAAAUUGAAUCAUCCUGUGAAAGAUUCUAAGAGUUAUCGAGAUCUCCAUCGUGAAUUAGUGUUAAUCCACAAGAGAGGUUUUGUGUUACAGAAUAAGCCUGAACUUCAACGGGUGAUGGAACAAAGAAAACAUGACUUAUUAAGAGAGCAGGAAAAAGCCGAGCAGCCAAAAACUGAUUUUGAAGAGGAGCUUAAGAAAAGAUACCAGAAACUUCAACAGUAUGAACAGGAACAGCAAAAACUGGAAGAACAGGAGAAUGUGCCAGAGUUCAUCAAAGUCAAGGAAACUUUGAGAAGAAUAAAGAUAGCAGAUGCUGCAGAAGAUGGCCAGAUGUCUUAGCCAAGAAUUAUUGUGUUUACCAAUAUGAGCUGUGCCUCGACAGAACUUGUCCCAGUGUAUGUAGUGAUUAAAAAGGUUGAACAUAUAGCUUUCAAGAUUGAAAUCAUUGAUUUCUUUCAGUGUUCAGCAAACUUUUCAUUGAAAACACCCUAUUGAUCUCUCAAUUGUACAGCAAUCAUUUUGCCACAUCUUUAUUUCUGCCGAUGCUUUCACCACUUUGGCUACUCUUAACUUUCUGAUAGGUAUGUUCAACCACAAGGAGUACAAUCCUGUAAUUAUUUUGAUCAUUUUAAUUGGGUUGUAACCAAUUUUUAGGGUCAUAAUCUAAUAUGGUCAGAUGUGACUGGUAAAUAUUAAGUAAAUCUAAAUUUUGUUCCCUGUCAUAACAUCCCAAUGAUUUCAUGGCUAUUUAUGAUGGUAGUUUGCCAAACUUUAGUUUACCUGAACUCCAGUGACUUAGAAUUUUGAUUAAAUACUAUUUGAGUUUUUUAAAAAAAUUGUAAAGCACCUUUCACAAAUUAGAAUAAGCUAUUUUAUUAUCUUGUCUCCACUAUUAUUUUCAAUAUCUCACAUUGUAAUCAUGUACUAUAUUAAAUAAAAGACAACCUGUGGGUAAGAGCCGGUAGACCAACAGUGUCAUAGAAUUGAGAUUCAAAAAAUCUCUGAAAUGAGUUUGAGUAGUUUCAAUCCCAUUCCCAAUGGCAUCAUACUAAUUAGUACUAAAUUGCCAAUGUUGUCCAUAGGCCACAACGUAGCUAGGAAUAAAAAAAUGCCAUACUCGUGCAGAAGGUUCUAAGAUUAGGGAUAAAGUACAUUGUUGAAACAGAGCAGCUUUACUUUGCAUCUAACUUUUCUGCACACCAACCUAACCAUUGUGUAUCUGAUGCUGACACUGAGCCCAAAAUGAAAAGUGUUCAUUUCUCCACUUCAUUCAUCUUAGAACAUUUGUCACCUGCAAUGUUAUUUUUUAUUGUAGAUCUUCUAAUGACAAGUCAAUUGAUUUGAUUUCGGUUGGGUCGAUAAAUAUUAUCUGGAGUGUGCAUGGGCUAUUCAGACUAGCCCUGUGUGUCUGCAUUUUCAGUUGUGAUUUAUCAAGAGAUAAUUAUGCAGAGAGUUGUGAUCCCUGUUUGAUUAAUGUAUUAUUGUACUCCUGCAUGCAGGCACUUUGAAUAUGCAAGAUAACCUAAUUUGGAAUAUGUUUAGAUCUGUUUUGCUUACUUUGCAUUGUAAUUUAACUACUUUUUUAUGUUAAAAGAAAUUAAAGCCUCACAUAUUCAUUA